AUUUGCAUUGGGGCAUAGGUGCCAGCCAGCCAGCAGCGGGUUAGCGGGUUGUGUUUAGGCCACAAAAAACAAAGGGGUGAGGCUGCCGGCUGGGGGGUACUACCCAGUACUACUCCGAAAAUGACGACUACACCAAAAUGGUACUGCCGCAACAAAUCCCAGCCGAUGCACACGUUCGCGGAAAUCGGUAAAUUGGGCCUGGAACUGCGUCGCAUAACCAAACGUAUUGUGAUCGAUGUGAAUUCGUCUAUAUUCAGCGAGCAUGAUACCAUUUUGGAAGAGUGUGAACGUGUGGUCGAACAAUACUGGAACCUCAAGGAUGAAACGAAAAAUGCCGAUUUUCAAUCCCUGUCGAAGAAAAUCAAGAGGAGUCCCUACAAUCAGUUGCUGAUGCGUAAAUUUAAUCUCCUGAUGGAAUUGAAUGAUCGUCGCUUUUGUCAGCUCACCUUUGUCCUUAAGCAGACGUUGAGUCACCUGCUACGCAAAUCGAUGCAAUCGGAGAUGUGGCUAAAUUGGGCUCUACACAUCACCCAACUAUAUAACAAGUGCCGCAAAGUGGAGCAGAUUUCACAACUGCCGCCAGUUAUGGAGCCCACUCAGCGGGAUGAGGAGGAGGCUGUGGAUGAACCAAAGUUAAGUGGCAAGCGCAAAGAAGAGAUGCAUGCCAAUGUCUGUAGUAAUAUGUAUCCAGCAUUGCUUAUGUCCAUAAAACCCAUCGAUUUCGGUUACGUACUCCAAUUGGUAUCACAGACUCGAGUGGAGCAAAAUGCUUUGGAUUUGGUAUUCGGUCUAUUCAAUAUGGGGGAACAGGAUGCCUGGAGAGAGCAACAAAAUCUAGAAUCCACAUCAUCUAGUCUCGAAAUAUUACGCACUCUCAAUAUAUCGUUUGCUGCUGGCGAUUAUCAAUCGUAUUGUGAGUCGGCACAGGAUUAUAAUGCAAUGGUCGUCACGGACACAAGCCAGGGUCAAGGUCAAGGUCAGGGUCAGGAACAGCAGAGUUUACGCUGCAAGCAUACGGAAAGUUUUUUACAAAAAGAACGUUUGUUCAUUGCCCAACUAAUAGCCAAGGCCUUGGAGAUAUGUCCAACGAUUUUUGAUAAUGGCAAGGGCGGACCAGUUGACAUGAAUGCCUAUAUUGUACGUGGAAUGCGUCUAUUGUGGUCCUAUGUGGGCAUCAUUUUGGAUCACAUAUUGCUCUGGUGGAUCGAUACUCCCAUGUCCUGUUACAAUAUCAACCACAUUGACUCCAUACGCAGUUGGCUAUAUCAUCAGAGUGUGAAUGAUAUUCCGGAGCCUGUUUUCUCUACAUUACGUGGCAUAGGUGAAAUUUUAACUGGUUUUGUCUGCAACAAUAUUUGGGAUCAAUUAUUUCGCCUGACUUUGAUAUCAUCAACUAGUUCCAAGCGUCUCGUUGAUCAAGUUGUGGAACAAUAUCGAGAUUGUCCAAAGAAUGAAUUUGGCACAUUUACUGGCACCGUUUGGAUAAGCAUCUUUUCGAAUUUAGUUAAUCUCAGCAAUCAAUAUUUCUCCAACAUUGAGGUUCAUAAUAAUUCCAGUUUAUUGCCAGUGGCUGAACAAAUUCCCAUACUCCAUCGAUUGGAUCAUUCUGUGCAUUCGAUGCGUUUGUGGGUUACCGAACAGGCCAAGUUUUUGUGCUGCGAAUGGAAAAUGGAUCGUUUCUUUCAGAUAAUGGAGCACGAUGUGAAAUUAUGCCUUAAUGUCUUUAUUACCUUUAAACUGCCCAAACUCACUGCCGAUCUAAGUGAUAUACUAAUGCUUGUGUGUGUAGCUUUACGCACCAAGCUCAUCUUUGAGGUGAAUGCCAAUAUAGACAAGUUAAAGAAAACCACCGACGAGUGUGUUCAGAUCUUGUCCGCUGUCUGCCGUGUGCUCAGCUUAGCCAAUUUUACGUUGUGCUUUCCGGCCGCCAGUUUUUGGCAACGCGAAGUCUACAACAACGAUGAGAAGAGCCUGUAUGUGGGCUAUGUCCUGGACGAGAUCUUUCUGCCCACCAUACGUGCCACCAAUGAUAUAGUCAUACUCAAGCUAAUCCUAAAGCUUAUUUGCGAGGCCUGGUUGGAUUUUAUCUAUCAGAAGCGUAUCCGUUUCAGCGUUAACGGAGCUGUGCGAUUGCUCAAUGAUUUUGAUGAUGUGAGGGAAUGGAUAUUGAGCUGCACCCAGCUGGAUGAGCAGCAGCUGGACAAACUAAGCAAUCAUGAAGUGUUGCGUAUGUGUAAGGGUGUGGGUAAGAUAUUACUGCGUAAGCCGGAGGAUAUCAUCUCCAUUAGUCAGUCACCCAAGUUCGACAAGAAGUCACAAGAUGCCGCUGCUCAGGAUACUCAACUGCCAUCGGAGAUGUUUGUUUCGAAUCAACAGCAUUGGUUGCAGCUACGGGCCAGCGGUGGAUCUGGUUUUCCAUUUUUGAAACUCUGCUGCGGCGAUGCCAUAAUGUAAUUUUGUUGCUAGAUCCAUGUAGAUGGGAUAGAAAUGUUUAUUGUGUAGCUAAAAUGCUUUACAGAGAUGAAAGUUCUAAAUUUAUGUAUGUAUAUGUAUGGUUAGAGUUCUUGAGUCCUGUGUACGUUCCUAGCCUCCUCUUAGGCAGGGACUUUGCGACUUAUAAUCUUGACUAGCUCAUCGACACGUUCGCUUUUGCCGGCAAAUUGUUUUGGAUGCGGGCCAAUCAUUUGAAUGAUCAUAGGAACGUCAGCGGAUACCUAGAAAAAAUAAGUAAAUAAUUGAAAGAAAUGUGUCAAUCAUUUGACAGCUGUCAAAAAAAAGCAAACAAUAUAGGUCAACACGAACCUCUACAAAACGGGCCAAGGCUUUUAGUGAGCGAAAGAUUUGAUCUUCAUUUGGGCUGCUCUGGAAGAACUGUAGAAUAGCCAUGGCUAGUUCCACGGCAAUGUCAUCAAAGACCUGCAAGAGAGAAAUGUUCCAAAAUUAAAAAUAAAAGCAAUAAAACUGCCUUGAGGCUUUUAACCUUA